CCAUGAGGAAGAAGUAAACAAAAGCUGUUAUCCUGAAACAUUUGGAGUCUCGCACAAGACUCCAGAAGUUGUGGUGUCUUAUGUCUGCUUUAUUAAGAGGUUAUGCUGAUACGAGUAGCUCUGUUCAGUUGUGACUAUGGGGAUUUCAGUUUCCUGGAUUUCUAAGGAAACAACCCUCAUUGACAAAGAGGGCAACUUGUCUUCUCUUGUGGAAGAUGGAACGACAGAGAAUGGCAGAGUGCCUGACGUCUCCCAGUUUCCUUACGUGGAAUUCACAGGAAGAGACAGCGUGACGUGUCCAACAUGUCAGGGCACCGGGAGGAUCCCCAGAGAACAGGAGAAUCAACUUGUGGCAUUGAUUCCAUACAGUGACCAAAGACUGCGGCCAAGAAGGACGAAGUUGUAUGUAAGUGCAUCAGUGGUGCUCUGCCUGCUGCUGUCCAGUCUGGCUGUUUUCUUCCUCUUCCCUCGCUCCAUUGAUGUAUCUAAUGUGGGAGUCAAGUCUGUUUAUGUCAGCUAUGACCUGGAUCAGCACAUCGUCUAUCUCAACAUCACGAACACUCUGAACAUCACCAACAAUAACUAUUAUUCAGUGGAGGUGGCCAACAUCACAGCGCAGGUGCAGUUUGCCAGGACGGUGAUUGGUAACUCUCGCAUCAGUAACGUCAUCACUAUACGUCCUCUGGACAUGAAACAGAUUGAUUAUAUGGUCCCCACUGUCAUUGGAGAUGAGUUAAGCUACAUGUAUGAAUACUGCACCCUGGAAACCAUCAAGGUACACAACAUUGUUGUCAUGACUCACGUGACCAUCACAGCAACAUACUUUGGCCACUCUGAGCAGAUUUCUGAGGAGAUGUAUCAGUACGUGGACUGUGGGGGGAACACCACCACCAUCAGAGGGAUAACCAGACCUAUUGGAAACCCUGCUGAGUAAUGGCUCUCACUCAGGCUAGCGCCAUCAUGGUUCAUGUUUUGAUUUUGUAAAUGUUCAAAACUUGCUGUGUUCAGUCACAAAAGUGUAAAAGUAAAAUUAAUGACAAAUAAAUAUUUGUAAGUGAAGAGAAAGUUUAAUUGUAAUAUAAAAAAAUGUUUCUAGCUUAUAUAAAUGAACAGUUAUGAACAAUUACUAAAAUCAACCUUACUAAUAAUAGUUGUUUUCUUAUAAGUAAACCUUUUUAAAUAGGAAGAUAGAGGACAUCACCCAGUUCCACUGGCUCCCUGAAGCUCAGAGGAUAGACUUUAAAAUACUGAUCUUGGUUUAUAAAUCUCUGAACUGCUUCGCACCAAAAUAUAUUAAAAUGUGCUCUACAAAUAAUCAAUCAAGUUUAUCUGUACAGCACAUUUCAGCAACAAGACAGUUCAAAGUGCUUUACAUCAUAAAAAUACAGUCAUAAAACACACUAUAUAAUCAACAACUGAGAAAACCAGUAACAAACAUGACAUUUUGAUGAGUGCAAUGUUUAAUUUAUUAUGGUUCAAAAGAACUAUUAAUAAAUGGCUUUAAUAAGUUAUCCUUGAGUCUGCUGUAGAUCUCAUCUCCAGGUCCAGCUUUCAAUAUUGGUCCACAUUUGCUUUCAGGUUUUCAAUUAUGAUUUUGAUGUACUACUGUAGUCAUGUUUCUGAAUUUCUGAUUUCUGUUUGGCUAGAACCUAAUCAUAGCUCCAAUGUCUAUGAUUAGGUUCUGAGUGUUUGGAUGGUCAGUGUUUGAGUGUGGGAGUAUUUUUCUCUGUUAUCAGUCAAUGUGUCAUGCAGAAAGGAGACUACCUUUGUUUUCUUUGCACUGCAGAAACAGUAGAUUCUAUUCACAGCCCCAUCACCUACUGUAAGAACUUAUAGUUACUGGAAGACAUUGCACACAAUGCUUAAACCUGCAGCUUACAAACAACAAAGCAAAAAAAUACAAUACAACAUUUGUUUAUUCAGGAUGACAAUGCUGUUAAAUUUGUAAAUUUGGUUUUGAUUGAUGAUUUUAAAUCAUUUAAAUUUAAGAUUUUAAGGAGCUGGAAAGUUUACUUUGUAAAAGUUCAAAGAACAAUCGUCAUUGUUUGUUACCAUAGCUACAAUCUGAUGCUGAGUUUAAUCUGGGAGUUUGAGCUCUGUUUGUUCACAAAUACAGCUUAGUAAAUUACAAUUAUAACUGAUUGCUUUUAAGCUCGGCCAAUUAACCUACCUUCUUCUCCCAGAAUUUAAUAAAUCUAUGUUGAAAUGCUGUUCGUGGUGCUGAUGUUCUUAGCAGAAAGAGGGAUCCUUAAGUCAAAUUGUGCUCAAGGCCUCAUACAACCUUAGACCGGCCCUGUAUGAUGAACUAAAUCCAUUGAACUGGAUACAGAGGAACUAACAGGGAAGUUUAAUUUAUCUGGUAGAGACCAAGCUUUUCCAUUUCAUGUCUAUUGAGUUUUUAAUAAGCAUCAGCAUGUGUGAAAUGUAAAUGCACACAUAAUUCUUUGUUCAUAAAGAUACAUUAUUCUCACAGGACGCUCACCGCGCACCUCUGAAAGUGCGAGUGUUUGUCUAAACGAGACUUUAUGAAAUCAUUCACUGUUGGAGAGUUUAAAGUUUUAACACAUUUGACCCUGUCUGACCUGCUGUUAAAUUAUGGGAUGUCCUGUGAAUUUAAAUAGUUUUUUUGUUGUUUUCAUGACAUGUGAACAUAACUCAUCACUAUUCCGUUUUAUGUUCUAAGCUAUUUUAAGGAUGUAUGUUAUGGAUUCUGUCCUUUUUGCAUGAUUUUGAUGUAAUUUUAUCAUUUAUUUUAUAUUUUUGAAAUACUAAAACAGUGAUUAACUGUCAUUCUAAUCUCCUUACAUGCUGCUUUAAAUGAAACAGAUUUGCAGUUUAAUGUCUUGUUCGAUAUUUGUUUAAAAACAGUUCUCUAAAUUCUGCCGGGCGUCUUUAUUAAACACAGUUUUGGGUAAAUAAUAGAGCAAUUAUUUAAGUCAAGCAAAAACAACUUUUCUUUUAAAAAACCUCUUAACUUGUUGGUUUUGACUAGACCAGAUCUUGUUUGCACUUUAUUUUUACAUUUGGGUUUAAAGUAUUUAAUAAAAUUAUGAAACCUGCA